AUGUUGGGAUUAAAGACUCCACCUGGAACUGAAGACCUGCUUCUCAGCUCCACCAGCUCCACGAGUAAUUCACUCUUUCCUUUGUACUUGAAGAUUUCAUUGCCACAGGUUCAGAAAUCAAGUACACUCACGCCGAAACUCCUUUUCUUCUCUCUUCAUGCACAAGGCCCAUUAGCAUUUGGCCCAAAAGUGAUAUUGGUUUGGUUCAAGCUUGAGACAGAUGUUGACAUCAGAGCUUCUCCUGGAAAGUUUCAUCACAUUUUUGCCGGAAGACCACACCAUGUCUCCAAAGCAACUCCAGAUGGGGAGGCAAAGGUGGCGAAAGAAAGGAUCGAGGCAGAGGAGCCGGAGAAAAACCUUAUCACUUUUAGGGUUAUAGAGGGAGAUUUACUAAAAGAGUAUAAGAGCUUUGUGAUCACGAUCCAAGCGAAUUUUAAACAGGGAGGACCUGGGAGUACAGUGCACUGGCACGUGGAGUAUGAAAAAGUUGACGAGAAAGUGGCUCACCCUAAGAGCUUCCUUGAGUUCUGUGUUCAGAGAUCGAUGAACAUCUACUGA